GUUUGGAUAUUUAUAUAGUUAGUUACUGUGUGAAGACAUCUUGAUAUAUUUGGCAUGCAGCCAGGGCCCGGCAGCGUGUAGUCGUGGCAGACGUAAACACAACCCAGCUGACACUUCCACCCAUCAUGGUGUUCUUCAAUUUUGAUGUCAGGAGACUUGAUAUAUAUCGCAAAGUACCAAAAGACUUAACACAGCCAACAUUAACUGGGGCUGUGAUUAGUGUAACAUGCAUCACGUUUAUGUUGAUCCUCUUUACUUCCGAACUCCUGCACUUUCUCUCAGGAGAAAUUGUGUCAGAAUUCUAUGUAGAUAACCCUGGUGAAUCGACCGACAGAAUACCUGUUUACAUCAAGAUCUCACUACCACGUCUUAAAUGUGAUCAUGUUGGUCUGGAUAUCCAGGAUGAUCUUGGGCGACAUGAGGUUGGUUUUGUGGAGAAUACUGUAAAAAAUCCCAUUGGUGAAGAAGGCUGUGUUUUUGAGGCAAAUUUCCUCAUAAAUAAGGUACCAGGCAACUUCCAUGUGUCAACACAUUCAGCAGAGCAGCAGCCAGAAAAUAUAGACUUUGCACACGUGAUUCAUGAAGUGCGCUUCGGGAGCAAGAUUGACAACUUAAGUAUUCCUGGCACCUUCAAUCCUCUCUAUGGUCGUUCAAAAAUUGAUGGAAAUGCCUUGGAAUCACAUGAUUAUGUAAUGAAAGUUGUGCCAACCAUUUAUGAAGAAUCCAGUGGAAAUCAGCUCAUAGCCUACCAGUAUACAUAUGCCUACAGGAGUUACGUCUCGUUCAGCCAUGGGGGUCGGGUGGUGCCAGCAGUGUGGUUCAGAUAUGAUUUGACUCCUAUCACCGUCAAAUAUCACAGGAGAAGACCACCCAUAUAUUCUUUUGUUACCACUGUGUGUGCUAUUGUGGGUGGCACGUUCACUGUUGCUGGCAUCAUUGAUUCUUUCAUCUUCACAGCUUCCAAGGUCUUCAAGAAAUUUGAACAAGGCAAACUUAGUUGAACUAUUAAUAAAUAUAGCAAAAGUAUCUGCUUUGAUAUUAGAUGUAUAUACUAUAUAUAAUUUUAUGAAUAAUUUUAAAAUCUCAUGGACCCCUUUUAAUAUCUCAGAUUCUCCAAUAAAUAAUCUCUUAAAAUGCAUACUUUCAUUAAGGAAAAGUUAAUACAGUCGAACCCCAAACAUUUAUAUUCUUUGGAACCAGGAACUUUCUAAAAAAAAAAAAAAAAUCUGUUUCUGAAUAAUUCAUAGACAUGACAAUAAUGUAGAAUACACAUUAAAUGAAAAAAAUGUAUGUGAUAUUUGUAUGUAGUUGUUUUUUAUUCUAUGUAUAUAUUUAAGAGUAUAUAUGAUGCAUGUAAUAUUUAAAAUGAAAUAGGUGUGGGAAUAUGGUAUUACAGCAUAAUGCAUAAUACACAGGAUUGUGGAUAUGAAGUUUAGACCAAAAAUGUGCCCAGUACUGUAUAUCCUUUUUCCAAUUGGGCUGUUACAGAUGUUGUGGGGGAGUUAAUUGAGCAUUACAUGGGACAGAAGAACUUGCAGGAACUAAAUGCUGUAGUGUAAUCGGUGCCCCUUUCCUAUGUGAAUCAUCAUCUGCAUAUUUAGUCCAUUCCAUAGGUAUUAUUUUAUUCACAAACAUGUGCCAAGCACUUCUUUUCCCUGCAGGGGGAAAGGUGUGUGAGAAGUGUACAAUAUGCUCAUGUGCUAAAGAAGAAACUCGACAUUAGUCAUUUUAUUUGAGAAAUCAUAGUCUGUGGCAUAGGUACGGCUUUCUGAUAAGAGGGUAGGCAGAGUGAGUUCACUGAAGACAAGUUGAAAAUUAAUUCUACGUGCUCUUUGAUACUCAUGAAAGUCAAAAAAUAUUUAACUGUCAACAAGACCUGACAAUUCUUCAAGGUGCUGGGCAUGUCUCAAUGAAAUGAUUUCCAUAUUUCUCUCCCCCAACCAACAUCCCGCUGUCAAGAGUCUAGCAUAGUCUGGAAAUAAACACACUAUUUCCUCUUCCAACUGUUUUGAUACAGACAAUUUAAGCAUCAAGUGAGGUAGAAUUUGUAGGAAUUGUAUACGUAUUAUAAAAGUUGACAUUAGUGAUGAAUAAGUAUAUUCACCCUUAACCAGGCAUGACGUGUAACUGUGUGUAACUGGGCACAAUUUUCAUUCAUAGAAUCUUGGAUGUAGUCACAAUGAGGCCCAUCGUAAACCACUAGUAUGUAGACAUAUACCUUAUUGUGUGAAUCUUAGGCUGGCAUGGUCUUGUGAUUAGAGCACUGACUUAUUAGUUUUAGGAUUGAUAUGCCAUGGGUUUAUAUCUUCAUACGCCGAGUUAAAUAAUCAUUGAAUCUACAAAUCUUGACCUGUCUGCAGUGUGAACUCAUCAAACAUGCAUAUCAUGAACAUGUACAGAAUAUUGAUGCAUAUGGAGUGGAUAUUAAAAUGGUAUAAAAUACCAACAGGUUGUUAGGUAAGACACAUAUGCAACAGUUAGGUAUCUUUAUUUCGAAACGUUUUGCCCACACAGUAGGC